AUGUUAUUCAAAAUCAAAACAUUAUUGUAUAGUGCUAUGAAACAUAUCAUCGAAGAAUAUGGUAGCCGUCAAUUUCGUUUGUUACAUAAUAUGGAAAAUAUUCUGUAUUUUUUUUGGCUUGCACGUUUAUUAUUCAUCGGUUUAAUGUAUUGGGAUCCAGAAACAUUCCCGUUAUAUAAAUGGGAUUAUGGUUCGGGUUAUUUUUGGAAAUAUCGUUUAGUUUUUAAUAAAUUUUUUCUAAUUAUUUUAAUAUUCAUUGUAUUGGAUGGUAUGUUGGGUAUGCGUACAUAUUAUUUUCAAGAUCCUAGCCAGCUUAGUUUUCGUAUUCUUUAUGAUUGUAUUGUUUAUAAUACUGAUCAAUAUUGGAAAAGUUUAGAUACCGAUGAAAACAUUGCAAUCAAAUGUCAAACACGUUAUAAUUAUUAUCGUCAACAAUUCAACCACAAUCAUCCGAUUUUAUCAAUGAUAAAUCCAUUAGCAGAUCGUUUAGUUUCAUUCAAAGUUUGGCUUGAUUCAUGGUUAAAAAUGGAUCGUAUUAAUAGAAAAUUAUUUCAAAAACAUAAUCGUAUGCAAUUAUUUCCAAAUUCACCAAUCAAAGGACUUAUCCUUUAUAUAAUUGCGGCAACAAUAGUAAAUCCAGGUCUAUUUGUAUUUACUGAAAAUUCAUUGAUAAAAAAAUUGGGAAUUAUAAUUGAAGAAAUUAUAUUCGGUUUUAAUGCAGUAACAUUAUUACAAUGUAUGUUAUUAUUAUCAUGUACAAUAAUAGCUGCAUCAAUAAUUUAUCAUUUUGAAUUGAAUGAAAUUAAUGAAAAUUUUCAAAAAAUUUUAAAUCAAUCACAUUAUAAUAAUGGUAAACCAAUCAAAAUUAAAGAUUUAAAACAAUUACGUUUUAUAUUGGAACAACAUACACGUUUAACAUAUUAUCUAAUGGAAAGUGAUCAAAAUACAUGGAGUAAAUCAUUAUUUUAUUAUGCAUUAGUCGGUAUACCCAUAAAUGUUACAUUUAUUUGUGAAUUAUUAGUUGAAGAUUUACCAACUAAAGCAAUAAUAUUAUUUAUAUUAAUUGCAUUAUCACAUACAAUUGCUAGUUUAAUACCAUUUAUGUUAUUAGCAUUAAUAUCAUAUGAUUUUCAUAAAUUAAAUAAACAUUUACCUUCAAUGCAAUUACAAUUAAAACAAUCAAAACAACAUUUACGUUUAAAAUUAAAAUAUGAUGAUCUUUAUGGACGUUUGAUUUAUGGUAAAAAAAUUGCCCAUACAUUCGGUACGCUUGGUAAUCUAACAUUUCGUGGCCUGUUUGAAGCAUUUUUUGGUUAUUUUGUUGCAUUUUUUCUAAUACUUGAAAAACAAAGAAAUCAGUUAAAAUUAGGUUUACAUGUAUUGUAA